GCGGCCGGCGGCCACGCCCCCUCGCGGGUUCCCUGGCGAAAAGCCUGCGGCCUGGUGCUGGCGCUCGGGGCCUGGUCGCUCCUGCCUCAGCCGCCGCUGCAGCCAUGCCGCACGGCUUCAAAGCCGGAGACUUGGUCUUCGCCAAGAUGAAGGGCUACCCGCACUGGCCGGCCCGAAUUGAUGACAUAAUUGAUGGUGCUGUGAAGCCCCCACCCAACAAAUACCCAAUAUUCUUCUUUGGAACCCAUGAGACGGCUUUCUUGGGCCCCAAGGACCUCUUCCCUUAUGACAAAUACAAGGACAAAUAUGGGAAGCCCAACAAGCGGAAAGGUUUCAACGAAGGAUUGUGGGAAAUCCAGAACAACCCUCACGCCAGUUACAGUGCUCCUCCGCCGGUGAGUUCGUCCGAUAGUGAAGUUGAUGUUGAAGGUAUUGCACACAUUGGAGGAGGAGGAGGCGGUGGCGGAGGAGGAGGAGGAGGCGGUAGCGAUGGCGCAGAGGAGGAAGAGUCUGCCCCAGCCGCAGCAGUUGAUGUGGUGGGAGUGACCACAGAGAAGGCAGAGAGCGAGGAGGAGUCUGACAAAGGAAGCGAUCACAGCGGUGUGAAGCGGAAAUCACUAGCCAUGAAAAUGCCCGCAGCGAAACGGCCUCGGAAAUCUUCCAGUGACCUGGACCAGGCCAGUCCGUCUCCUUCAGAGGAGGAGAACUCGGAGAGCUCUUCGGAGUCUGAGAAGAAUAGCGACCAGGACUUCACUCCAGAGAAAAAGCCUCCGCCUCGGGCUGCAAGGCGGGCACCUGCCGGCAGAUGGAAAAAAAAGAAAAUUGAAUCUGGCUCUGACUCGGACACCAAGGCGGAUUCUGAAGACGACGAAGAGGAGGAAGAAGAGAACAAAAAAGGAAACGCCCGAGCUCCCACGCCCAAGUCGGAGUCUGAUUCCCAUUCAGACGAAUCUGUCAAGAAGCCUUCCCGGGGACGAAAACCGGCAGCAGAGAAGCCACCGCCGAAGCCCCGUGGUCGGAAACCAAAGGUAGAAAGACUUCCCAGCAGCUCCAGCAGUGACAGUGACAGUGAUGUGGACCGGAUCAGCGAGUGGAAGCGACGUGAUGAGGAACGCCGGCGGGAGCUGGAAGAGAAGCGGAAACGCGAACAGGAGGAGGAACUGCGCCGACUGCGGGAGCAAGAACGGGAGGAGAAGGAGCGGAAGAAGGAGAAAGCCGAGAAGGGGGAAGUGGAACACUCAGACAGCGAUAGUAGUGUGGAAGCUGAAGUCCCUCGGAAGGGCAGGAAAGGACGUCCUAAAGCUCCAUCAUCCUCAGAUUCAGAGAAAGAGGUGAAAAAGCCUUCAAAGAAACAACCUCCCUCUGAAGUUUCCAGGAGACAGAAGGAGAAGAGGGGCCAAGGAGAUGAGAAACCACGGAACAAAUCUGUGAAAGUGGAACGAGGCAGGAAAAAGUCAGACUCGCUUCCCGAAAGGAGGGUGGAGAAGAAGAAAGAACCGACGAUCGAAGAGAAGCUCCAGAAACUGCACAGCGAAAUCAAGUUUGCCCUGAAAGUCGAUAACCCAGAUAUCAAGAGAUGCCUGAGUGCACUUGAAGAACUGGGCAGCUUGCAGGUCACCUCUCAGAUCCUCCAGAAACACACGGAUGUCGUGGCCACUCUGAAAAAGAUCCGGCGUUUACAAAAGCGAACAAGGAUGUGAUGGAGAAGGCAGCCGAAGUGUACACAUGCCUGAAGUCCCGUGUCCUAGGGCCCAAAGUGGGGGCGAACCAGAAGGCAACCGGACCGACCUCGGAGAAGGACAAAGCUGAAGAGGACAAAGACA